AUGACUGAUUAAAGCAUAAGCAAAUAAGUUAGAAAAUACAAAUUAGUAUUUAUUGGAGAUUAAUCAGUUGGAAAGUCUUCAAUAAUAAAUCGUUUUAUGUAUGAUAACUUUACUGGUACAUAGCAACCAACAGUUGGUAUUGAUUUUGUUGCUAAAACUCUCCAUUUAGAAAAUAAAACAAUUCGCUUGUAAUUAUGGGAUACUGCUGGAUAAGAAAGAUUUAGAAGUUUAAUACCAUCUUAUAUAAGAGAUUCUGAUGCAGGAAUAAUUGUAUAUGAUACAACUAAUUUAUCAUCUUUCCAAAAUUUAAAUAAAUGGCUAGAUUAUGUUAGAGAAGAAAGAGGAAAAGAUGUUUUGAUUGUUUUAUUAGCAAAUAAAAUAGAUUUAGCAGAUUAAAGACAAGUAUCAACUGAAGAUGGAAAUAAGUUUGCAACUGAAUAAGGUUUGUUAUUUUUCGAAGUUUCAGCAAAAGAUGGAAAUAAUAUUUAAAAUGUUUUUAAAUAAAUUUCUUAUAGUUUGUUAAGUUCAGAUAAAUAAGAUAUUACAGUCGGAGACAAUCCUAAUAAUAAUAAUAUAUAAUAAAAAUAGCAAAAUAUAGGAGGAAAUAUAUAAUUAACAGGAAAUAAUAAACCACUUGAUAGAUUAAAAGAAGAAAAUAAAAAAUGUUGCUGA